CGUAUAAAGAAAUCCUAUCCGACAGAGCCCGACGUCACAGGACAGCGUAGUGCAGCCACAUUCCCAUUGUCUCAUCCCAGACCAGUGAGCAGGCAGACGCCAGUGAGAGAGCAACAGACAAAAAAUACGAUACUUCAUAUAAUCAAGAUCCAGCUCCUGGGCGAUGGCUGCUUUCACGAGGAAAAUUGCCUUUUGCAUGGUCGUGUGUUGGACCGUGGUUGCCAUAGAGCCAACCACGGUCGACACCGCUUCAGACAAGAACCUCUGCGCCAUGACAGAGGUGCUGGUCGCCAUGAAGGGGCUGUUGGUGAUGCUUAGCGGUGAGAUUCGUGAGCUGAAGAAGCAGGUGCAUGACAGCUGUCAGGCCGGCGGUGGUGGUGUGGUAGUGGUGGCCCCACCCGAGGACCACACCCCGGCCAACGCCACGGUUCCCGAAGACUUGUACCACAAGGACGAAGAUAUAGACCUACAGGAGGAAGAGGAGAACGAGACCCCGAGCAUCACCAACAUUACAUCCACCACCAACACAUCCACCACCAACACAUCCACCAUUGCCACCACUGAACCCAUCCUCGACUUGGAUUACGAGGACUACGAUUCACCUGAAGGUGACUACAACAACCCCGUCAACGACCUGGUGAGCGGCCUCUCCUCAUGGUGGCAGAGUGUGUCGAUCUUCGCCCCCAAGCCUACUGGCUCGCCCAACACCACUACUGAGCAACCCGACGCUGGCGACCAAGACCUCAGAGCUCCUGACGAGGAUCAGCAGCCUACCCGAACUUCUCCAGCGCCUCCUACCACCACUACCACUACCACCACCACUACCACUACCACAGAAACUCCCCUCUCCUUACCACCAGUCCCGAAUACCUGUCCAGAACCGUUCCGUCUUGAAGCUGAGAGUUGCUUCCUGAUACUUCACGACCAGAGGGACUGGAAGUCAUGGGGCGACGCCCAUGCUGUCUGUCAGAACUACGGCGGGGAGCUGGCCGCUCCCUGGAGACUCGCUCCCCUUCAGGAGUAUCUCUCUCGCUAUUAUUCCGAUGCAUUCUGGGUGGGCGGCCGCCAGAACCCCAACAAACGCUCUUCUUGGCAAUGGUUAUCUGGAAGGGAGGUUCAGAAGAAUGAAUGGAAACCAGGACAGCCGCAGAAGAACCCGGGCAAGAAGUGUAUGUUCCUUGAUAAAUGGUCGGGUUAUCAUGCCAAAAACUUUUUCUGUGGUGAAAAGUAUCCCUUCAUCUGUGAAUACCGCGCGGUAUAAAUCCAGCAAAAGUUAUGUGUUGAAAGUCAAUAGAUAAGACUCUAAAGGUUCCAAGCACAAUGGUAUUUUGUUCAUUUGGCUAAUAUAUUUCUAAUAAAUGUAAUAUUGAAAGAUUUCAUUAAACUUAAAUUAUUUUCAAA